AUGAAGCCGUUUUAUUUGACUUCUAUUCUAUUUAUCAGUUUGGGCACUGCCCUCCCGGUUAUCCAUAGGGAUAAUAACGGAAUUCUCGAUGAUCUCCUAGCUAUUGUAAAAGACGCGACCGGAAUUUAUCUGACAUCCCAUGAUGCGGGUGUUAAAGGGAUCAUCGGCGCUGUCGUGACUGAUGGCAUCCUCAACCCUAUCUUGACUGAUGGUUUGGGUAAUGCGGAGGCAGUUUUUGACGAGGUGAAAUCCCUAUUAGGCAUUCAGGAUCCGCGGUCGCUUGCAGAAAUUAUUGUGUCUUUGGAAGAGGCCGUGAUCCUCGGGGGAAAUGAAACUAUUGACAAAAUCUACCAACUACUGGAGAUGAUCUGCGGAAUAUCCCAAGAGACUGCUGAAGCAAUAGGAAGCUUUGUCGACUCGAUAAUGCCGCCUAAUACAUCCUCUUCCCACUCGAUAUCUUUGAAGCUGCCAUGCCAGCUUCAUUAA